AACUACGGACGGAGGAGGGGAAUUGUGAAAGACUGUGAAAGACUUCAUGCCGCAGUGAAAAGCAGAAGAAUCAGCUCAGUGCAGCCUCUGGACAUUGUGGAGUUUUACGGGAGCAACGCGAGGAUGCUGAGGUCACACUUCCUGGAGAUGAGUCGGAUUUUCACUCGUGAUUCCAACUUGCGUCUCUUUUAUCACAGAUGGUGAAGACUUUGGGAAUAAUGUCUCUUUAAAUCAGUAACAGUUUCAUGGACAUGAGUGUAACCUAUAACAUACGAGCAUGAUGCAGUGCGUUUUGGGUUUAUCGGAUGAGGUCACAGGGUAAAAAGGCAAUGAAGCCGGAUUCGACAAGAAUAGGUCUGCGCUGUCAACUCUGCUGCAAGGAGCAGGAGGAGGACCACGGCGUGAGGCGGCCCGGAGCACGCGGCACGGUGAGACAGACCCCCAUUGCCCUAAACGUAGGAUAUUGAAGACCUAGGGCUACACGCGCUCAUCAACUGCGUCAUUGUGAAUGUUGCAGGUAGGCAGCAAACUCUUGGAGUCCGGGAGAGCUGUUGUCAUUACGCAAUGUCGCUGGUGAGGGCUGAAUAAUUAACGGGGAUGAAUUCGGCGGAGGAUUCAAGCCUAAAACCGCCACGGGGGUCCACGUUCUCAUCUGAGCCUAAUUUAGACACGGGCAGCACUGGAAAUACACGCAGGCUCGUGUACGUGAACGGGACGGAUCACAAUGUCAACAUACAAAACGAAGCCGUGCGUGGAGCGAGUGACUCCUCCACAGACUACCGGGGGCUGGUCCGGCAGAGGUUCAUCCGCAGGACAAUGUGGAUGUCCGAUUCUGAGGAGCAGCCCUUGGACCCCCAGGACUUUCCCAACACCAGCUCUGUGCCCACUAUAGACCUGCGCGCCAUCGUGGGCCGGAGUCGAACCCGCAACCAGGAGACUUCAAACACAGAGAGCCACGUAGCACUGAAGGACAAUGACACAGAGAGUGCCAGCGCAGAUGAGGACAAGGGGGAAAGUCGCGUGCCGGAGCCCAAAAGUGACAGCGCGGCUUUGGAUGUGACAGGGAAGGCCGGAAGUGACGAGAAUGAAGAGGAACCCGGGAUGAAAGCAGUGUCCACUUCACCUGGGGGACGGUUCCUCAAGUUUGACAUAGAGCUGGGAAGGGGCUCCUUCAAGACGGUCUAUAAAGGUCUGGACACCGACACAUGGGUGGAGGUGGCCUGGUGUGAGCUGCAGGAACGGAAACUGUCCAAAGUCGAGCGGCAGAGGUUCAAAGAAGAAGCUGAGAUGUUGAAGGCCCUGCAACAUCCAAAUAUAGUGCGCUUCUAUGACUUCUGGGAAACACAGCUGAAAGGAAAGAAGUGCAUUGUACUAGUGACAGAGCUGAUGACAUCAGGGACACUCAAAACGUAUCUAAAGCGCUUCAAGGUCAUGAAGCCCAAAGUUCUACGGAGCUGGUGCAGGCAGAUCCUGAAGGGGCUUCACUUCCUCCACACUAGGACUCCCCCCAUCAUCCACAGAGACCUUAAAUGUGACAACAUCUUCAUCACUGGCCCAACCGGGUCGGUCAAGAUCGGAGAUUUGGGUCUUGCCACACUCAAGAGGGCUUCAUUUGCUAAAAGUGUCAUUGGCACUCCUGAGUUCAUGGCCCCGGAGAUGUACGAGGAACACUAUGACGAGGCUGUCGAUGUUUAUGCUUUUGGGAUGUGCAUGUUAGAAAUGGCCACUUCUGAAUACCCCUACUCCGAAUGUCAGAAUGCUGCCCAGAUCUACCGCAAAGUCACCAGUGGGGUAAAACCAGCCAGCUACAGCAAAGUGAGCGACCCAGAGAUAAAGGAGAUCAUAGGGGAGUGUAUCUGUCAUAAAUGGGAAGAAAGGUACUCAAUUAAAGACCUUUUAAACCAUGCUUUCUUCGCUGAGGACACAGGCGUGAGGGUGGAGCUCAAUGAGGAGGAUGAUGGGGAGAAGAUGACUAUUGCUCUGAAGCUAUGGGUGGAAGAUGCCAAAAAGCUGAAGGGGAAGUACAAGGACACUGGAGCCAUUGAGUUUACCUUUGAUCUGGUGAACGAGGUCCCUGAAGUGGUUGCUCAAGAAAUGGUCGACUCUGGAUUCUUUCUGGACUGUGACGUGAAGAUUGUGAGCAAGUCCAUUCGUGACCGAGUGGCUCUGAUCAAAUGGAGGAGAGAGCGCAGAGUCACUGUGACAAAUGGAGAAGCAGUGAAGAAGCCUCAGUCAAACCGGCUGCAGGUCCCUGGAGCUGUUCCCCCUCUGGCCCCAGACUGUGAGGAGCAGGAAACAGAGCCACAGACACUGGUCUGCAGUGUGCCCACCAUUGCACCUGCUACAUCCGACACUGGAGUGAGCUCCACCAUCCAAUCAGAUGAGCACCAGACCCAACAAAAUGUACCCUUUCAGUCUCUGCCAGAGUCCUCCACUCAGAUUUCCAGCCCUCCUUCACAGGCUGACCCCCGACUGCUGCAGGGGUCCCACCAGCAAACAGCAGCACAGGCCUCAAAGGAGACCUACUCUGCACCUCCCAUACAGGUACAGCAGGGAGGCCCACAGCCCGGCACAGUGCAUCCACAUCCUGGGCCAGCUGCAAACAUCCAGGAGCCUUACAUUCAUCAAACUACAGUUUCUGCUCCAGAGGCACCUCCAACAGCCCAAAACCUUUCUUCUUCAUCAGUUCCCACUCCUCCACAGACCCAGCUCUCUUGUCAACUUGAACAGGUAUCUGGUGAUGUGCCCUCCUCUUACCCAAGUCCCCCAGAUAUGUCUGCUAACCUCCCACAUUCAGUGCCUGUGCUGCCACUGCAGAUCAACACACAGUUUUCUUCACCAUACCCAGGCACAAACACUGGGGUUCAGCCCUCUUUGCUCUCUAAUCUGUCAUCCACCCAUCCAAGCAGUGGAUCUGUCCUGCCCAGUUCCCCCACAGCCCAUCUCACUCUCCCUCUAAACACACCCCUCCAUCCCUCCACCCUCACCCCUCUGUCAUCCCACACUGCACUGCAUGUCCCUUCUGUCACACUGUCUAGUCCACUGCUUGCCCCCACCAUGCUGGCUGCUGUGUCCCCGCAGCAGAACUGCCCUGGAUCCCACACAAGCCCAUGUGACAUCCAUCCCCCUCACUUCUUGCCUUUCUCCCAGGUUCAACCCACCCCUUACCCUGCUAAGUACCAUGAGCAACUCCUGACUGGGCAGCCUGUCCAGGUACACGUGAUCACUCCUUUGAAUAAUCUGGGAGAUCAUCUCCCAGCUCCGGCCCCCUCUGUCAUUCCACCUGCUCAGUCUGCUCUCGUGGGAAGUGAGGAUAAAGAAACCGCUGCAGCUGCUCAGAAAAUAGGUCCAGGCGCAGUUCCUGACUCAGUCUCAGCAGAAACCCCACUACCAUUACAUUCUCAAGGUUUAUGCUCCCCACCAAAGUUGCCUCCCCCUGCUGCGGUGUGUCAAACUGCAGGCCCCCAUACUUCAGUUGUCUCUGUCCAAAUGAAGCAUCAGAGCAGCCCCCCUGCAGACCCAGUGAUACCUCUGACCUCAGCACCAUCCAUCCCAGGGGCGUCCCCGGUUGCUGCUGCUGCGUUGGCACAAGCACAAACUGCAGCCACUCCUCAGAUGGCAGCUCUGCAGUCUGCUGGCAUCCUUAGCACUGUGUCCCUGCCCGAGUGUGCCAGCCUGCCCCCAACUCAGCAAAACACAGAGGCUACAUCUGCAUCUAGCACCUUACAACAAGAUCACUAUUUAGAGAUACAGGAUCUGCUAAAGGAGAAACCAACAUCAUUACCAAACUACUGCUUUGACAGUGUCAAUUCUGAUGCAGCAUCUGGUAAAGAAUACAGCGAUGGCUAUGAUAGUUUUGCCAGUGUGGGAAAGGGAGAUGGAAAGCAUAAAAAACACCGCAAAUCUGCACGAACACGGUCACGCCAAGAGAAGACCAGCAAACCUAAAUUGAGCAUGCUCAAUGUUUCAAACACAGGUGAUAAAAUGGUUGAAUGCCAGCUUGAAACUCACAACCACAAAAUGGUGACUUUUAAAUUUGACCUGGAUGGAGAUGCUCCUGAAGAAAUAGCCACUUACAUGGUAGAAAAUGGUUUCAUCUUACUGAUAGAGAAGGAGAUCUUUAUUGACCAGCUGAAGGACAUAGUGGAUAAAGCUGAAGAUAUGCUACAUGAAAACAUGGAGGGGGAGAAAGUGGCCGUACUAAGCUGUAGUCCCAAGCAUGGCCAGACCUCAGACAGUCAGCUUGGAGAGAGUCAACAGACUGGUGCUUUUCAACCCGUCUAUCAACAAAAUGUCCUCCACACGGGAAAACGAUGGUUCAUAAUCUGCCCUGUAGAGGAGACCCCCCGUCAGGAGACCACGUCCACCACAGUGCAGUCGCCUGGGACCUCUGCUCCAGCCCAGGACGACUUCGGAGUGAGACAACCUUCAAACCUCAGAGAGGAUGGCUCAUCUUCCACAAUGUCUGGUGGAAGUGGAGGAUUUCCAUAUGAUGUCUAUGGCUUCUGUAGUCCUCCAAUAAUGUCCAACACAGACCCCCUGCUCUUAGCCACUCUGUCCCCUCCUGUGUCUGCCCCUCCCACUCUACAGUCAGUCCCUCCAGUAGAGUCAGCUGCUAGCUCCGUCUCACAGGCACCGCUUCCUCUGGAGGAGUCCCAGGCCUCUCCUGUGGGCUCCAUGUCCCCCAUUAACACUGUCCAGCCCUUAACAGAGCUCUCCCAUCCUGCUGCUUUAGCAGAGGAGCUGCCUUGCUGUCCUCUGGUCUUGUCUCUGGAUGUGAGUGGCCCUCAGACAGGGACCCCUCUCACCCCUCUGCCUCUGCAUGAGCCAACUCUAUCCAAAGAGCCUCUGUCUUUGGCUUACACAUCUGCAGCACGUGACCGGCCACAACAGCCUGUGGUGCUGCACCAGCCUUUCUCCAAUGUGACAAAAGUGUCCUCUCUGCCCCAGAGUCCAGCAUCCUCCCAACAUGGGGCAGGAGCUGCAGAAUCUGACGCAGAGGGCAGAGUGGGGCGUGGGGGCUUUGUAGAUAGCACCAUAAAAACCUUGGAUGAGAAGUUGAGGAACUUACUUUAUCAGGAAUACGCUCCUAUGUAUCCAUCGGGCAGCGCUGCAGAGACCCCAGGAUCAGGGACUGAGUACAUCCAGUCGCCUCCAGGUCCGGACAGCGCCACCUUAGGGUCGGGAAACAGCACUCCAGGGCCCAUUGGGGAGGGCCGCUAUCGGGCAGGCGAACAGCUUCCACAGAUCCCUGAGAGAAUAGAUAGUCUGAGCACACUCAGUGAUUCUGCAGUGUGUGCUUCACUGUCGAGAAGACAAGUCCCUCAUUCUGCUUCUUGCUCUGGGACAAGAGGCCGGUUCAAGAUCAUCUCUGUCCCGCCUGAAGUGGCCAAUAGACGAGAUGUGAAGCAGAGGAGCUGGAGCAGUGUGGCCUCUCCUCCUCAGGCUCUGGGGUACAUGGUGGAGCAGGUGGAGGUCUUGGCUCCCUCCACGACUAUUGGCCGUUUCUCUGUAGUGAGCACAGAGGAUGAGUUCACACAGAGGACACGCUGCAGUCGCUACUCUGCACCACCGGACUUCUACCUGGACACGCCGUCCCAACCGGCCUCCAGCUCUGUACCAGUGGAUGUCACUGUUCAUGCCCGUUUUAUGUCCUCUGACUCCGGGGCAGAGAGCAGCCCUGCAAAGCUGCCCCCCUGCACCCCAUCCCAGCACAAUCGCUCUGAGCGGAGAGGAAGUGACCUCAUGAAGAGGGCAGUGGCCUUCCUGCGUCGCUCGGGUCGGAGUAGUAGUGUACAGAGCUCGGACUCUCCAGCACGUCAUGGAGGGGUGCAUGGUUCUGCUUAUGGCAGCAGUGACAAUGACUCUGAGGUGGAGGAUUCUGACAUCAAGAGAGAGUUGCAACGGCUCAGGGAAAAACAUUUGCGGGAGAUUUCAGAAUUGCAGGCCCACCAGAGAGACGAAGUGGAACUGCUUUAUCGACGCCUUGGUAAAGCCCCACCCUCUGGCUUAGCACUCUCCCACACAGCUCCACCUGCAGGCCGCAGAAAGAGAUCAGGCAAACACAGGCUCAAGGCAGGCAAACUCUUGAGCCCUUUGGUUCAACAGUUCAGAAAUGUCACAACCAGGACCAAUGAAUCCAGCAAGGCCUCAGCUGCAGUUUCUGCUGCAGCAGGUGAGACUGUGGUGAGUUUGAAUGGAUCUCCGGCCAAAGGGCCCUUCCCGAGUCAGGGCCGCCCGCGCUCCUGCACCAGUCAUCUGCCCACAUCUACCACAGAACCAGUGCACACACAACAGCCCUGCUCCCUCAAAGGCUCCUUCUCCUCUGACAACAUUUACUCUGGUCGUCACGGAGACAGUAGCACCGCCGCUCCCCCGGCACAAGGGACAACACUAAAGCGAUUGUGUUUGGGGAAAGACCGUGGCACCAGAUCUGGUGCAGGACCUGGGGCUUUCAGUCAGCCUCACCCACCCCCCUCUGGCACCACCCCUCCGCCUCACCAGCCCGUCAUAGGUCUGGCUCAGGCCAACAACAGCAAUAACAAGACGCGCUCAUACAGUGUGACAGAGCACGUCCUGUGUGAGGACCUGCAGAGGCUCAUGGAUGACUGGGCCCAGGAGGUGCUCAUCGUGACCCAUCGUCCCCGGACAAACUCUCUGAGCAUCAGUGGGCAGCGGCUCUGUGAAGAGAUGCUCCCAAAGCAUCAACAACCUCAGAACAAUGUUUCCAGUGUGUGGGCAGCAGUGGAUCAAAACCCCUACAGUCUUCCUCUAACUGAUGGUUCAAGGUGUGCCCUGUUGAACCAUUCCUCUGGACCAUGUGCCUGUUACCCUCUUUCGGUGUCUCCACUCCAAGCUUUGCCCUCUCAACUCUCUGUCAGCCAGGGCCCUGGGCUGCCCUACCCCCACCCCUCUGGAGCAGUCUUUGCUUUCCCUCCUGUUCCAUCUGCCCUGGAUGCCCUUCCCAGUCCUGCUACAUCUCCAUCACAUCAGCCUACUUGUUCACCUCAUGACCUUAGGACUCAGUAACUGCAGUAGCUUUGUGUCUUCCAACUCUAUGACAGUAAUAUUACAAGAAGGUCAGUUCAUCUGUGCAUAUAUUGUAUAUAUUCAACUGGCAUGAUUUGUGUUUGUACAUAUUUACCUCUGCUUUUAAUUGUGUCAGAUGCCACAUCUUCAAAUAGAGCUGAGUGCAGCCACAUAGAAACUAUAUUUCUUAUUGCAAAAUUAUAGGUGCCUGUAUCAGCACUACUUCAACUUAAUAUUUUAAAAUGGUGGAGAAGUCUCUUCGUAUUUAUGAAGGCAACCAUACUUUAACACCCCUAAAUUGUAUAAUUUCAUGCAUUUGUUGAUUAUAUUGUGAUGACUAUAGCCUUCUAGUAAUUAGGGAUGUGUAUAAGCAAGACCACAGGGUUUAUCAAGUUUGCAAGUUUAUGUAGUGUACAAUACAAUAUAUACCACAAUACUGUAUUAUUUUAACUAAAUAAUGGAAAUUGUGAUUUCAUUUUCCUACAAUAUUCUCAUUUGUUGUAGUGCUUGUACAUGUAUAAGGUAACUGUCCAACCCCGAGGAGUUUCUUUGCAUUUGCCUUUGUAACAAGUAAGCUGCCAUGUAAAUACAGACCUAGCCUGUACAUAGCUGUGGUAUUUGUACAGACAACAAUAGAUUAUAGGUGGGUGCUGCAGCUCUGCAACACUGUUAGCCACCAUUACGUUGUCACUGUGAAGUCCUGCGCUGGUCUAUAGGAUAGGCUUUUAAUAUAUGCUUCCUCAAUCACAAAGACAUGUUUCAUUAGGUAAGCUUUUAGCUAUAACACUGGAUAUCAUUUAGGGACAAGAAUGAACUUGAACUUUAUCUACAGGUUUUCAAUACAGACCUGUGAGAGUGCCUUGAAAUGCAGUUUCUGUUGUGAAGAAAAGCAUUUAGACAGUAGAGAGAUUAUCCUCACUUGGUUGUGAGUUAAACAACAAAUGAAGUUGCUGCACAUAAAAUAGUCUUGAUAAAAGGGAAUGUUUUGUUCACUUUUUCCAUGCCACAACCUGCAUGAACACAGGUUGAAAAUGGUUGAAAAAAUAAGUGCUCUAGUUACACACCAUCAUCCAUACCUCAGAAGAGAUCUGUAGCUUUACAUGUUGUUGCCUUUAAGUUCAUAUUUUAAAAAAAAAUAAGGAGCAGUUUGUUGUGAAUGUUGGAAACUGCCAUUGGCAGUUCACUGUGUUGAUGACUUGUCCAAACAAUUGUAUGGAGGAAGUCCAAAAGAAAUUAUGCUAUUAUUUCUUAAGAUUCCAAUUAUUCUUAUUUGUAUAGAGCCUUAAACAGCCUAGGUGGUGCACAACGAGCUUCACAAAAACAGAUACACAAGAGCCAUGCAAAUAAAUUAAAACAGAAUAAUUAAAGCCACACGUAACCCUUUAGACAAAAAAACUUGGUUGUGUUUAUUACACUGAAAAUCUUUUGUCCUGACUCUCUCUUGACCUGGAGGAGGGCAUCCUCCUGCUUGUUUCCUUGGAAUUUUUAUUUUUAUUUUUUUCCGGCUAUGUUUUUUCUUUGUAUUUCCGUGGAAUCAUGCAGGUGAUGGUGAAAGGAACAUAUUGUACUCUAAUACUAAUAAAAUAUUGAAAAAUCUACAGAUUAUUUAAAAAUGACUGGCCUCUGACACAAAGUUAUUGAUAGAAACUAUGUGCCAAAGGCCAGAUUGGACUUUGAAGUGUAAUUUUUGUUAUUAGAAAAUCAGAGGCUAAUCAGACUUUAGUAAUGAUGAGGUGAUCUAUUUGUUGAAAUACUACCUUGGCUUAAAAGAAUGUAUUCAUCUAUUAAGAACUAGAGACUUACCAAUUUCAAUUGAAAUGAGCAUACAUUUACAAAUAUAUACAUUACAUAGCCAUACAUUGCUAUUUGUUUCUCAGCAACAGCAGUUUUGAAUCAUACAAUGUAUUUAGCACCAGGCACUGCACACUGAAGGACAUAAACAAUAGCUUCUAUUGUUUUCAGUAUAAUUUAAGGUCACUUGUUUCUAUGCAGUUGACACGUGUUUUUGAUGCUUGUAGGGUUAGAUUACUUUUGCCUGCUUUUCCACCCUGCACUUUGCUG